AUGGAGUCCUCGUUUAUGAAAAAGCUCAAUCCAGCACAACUCGAGGCCGUCAGUGCAGACACACGAGCAUUACAGAUCUUGGCUGGACCAGGUUCAGGAAAAACAAGAGUGUUGACCUCGCGCGUUGCCUGGCUUGUCCUUGAGAAGCAUGUCGAUCCAAGACAAAUCGUCGUUGUUACAUUUACAAACAAGGCUGCUCGUGAAAUGAAGACUCGAUUGGAAUCCAACGAGCUACUGGGUCGAGAGCUUAGCGAGCAACUUCUUAUGGGAACGUUUCAUUCUAUCUGUGCACGCAUCUUACGUCAACAUGCCGGUCUUAUCAAUGUCAAAAAUAACUUUACUAUUGCUGAUCCCGAUCUAAGCAAACACACGAUUCGCAAGUUGAUCAAGGAACUCAAGGAACUCAGCUCAUUUGCAAAGCAAAAGAUGAAAGCUGAUGCAUUCUACAACGAGUUUUCUACUUCCAAGAACAAAGGCAUCGAGGUGAAUGAGUACGUUGCCAUGAAUCAAGGUGAUUUCAAAAAGAGAGACUAUUGUGUCAUGUUCCCUGCAUACGAGAAACGGAUGAAAGAAGAUAAUAUUGUGGACUUUGACAACUUGCUGCUAUACGGCCGUGAAUUAUUGAAACGAUUCCCUCACCUCUUCAAAUCUUAUUCCCAUGUUCUGGUGGAUGAGUUCCAAGAUACCAACGUUGUCCAAUACGAUAUCGUCAAAUACAUGGCUGGUCAAGACAAAGGCCUUACUGUUGUGGGAGAUCCGGAUCAGAGUAUCUUUGGUUGGAGAAGUGCUGAUCGUGAGAACUUUUACAAGAUGCAAGCCGACUUUCCUGGGACAACGGUCAAGAACCUCGAGGAAAACUACCGUAGCACCAAAAGUAUCCUGUCUGCAGCAUUCCAGGUGAUCAAUCUAGACAAGGAACGGAUCGCCAAAUCACUCUUCACCGGCAAUGCGGAUGGUGUUCCCAUAUCGUUAUUACGCAUGACGAGCGAUACGUUGGAAGCUCAUAGUGUGGCGGAUGAAGUGAAGCGUGUUGUCGACUAUUCAGGCGGUCUCAUCAGCUACAAGGAUAUCGCAAUUCUUGUUCGCAUGAAUUUUAUGACUCGAAGCAUUGAACAGGCAUUGAAUGCAAUUGGUAUCCCUUACAUUGUGGUGGGCGGUGUCAAGUUCUUUGAACGUGCUGAAGUCAAGGACAUCCUUGCGUAUCUACGAUUCUUUUACAAUCCCAAUGACACUGAGGCAUUCGAACGCAUCAUUCACAAGCCUAGACGUGGUGUUGGCGAGGUCACACUUGACAAGAUGCAACAGCUGAGUCGAAGAAAUGGAUGGAAUGUCAUCAAAGUCUUGCGUGAAUUGACGGCAAGCAAGCCCUCUCCUGAUCUCAACAUGACUGUGUCCUCCAAAGUCAAGCAAAAUCUACGUGAAUUCCUUGCUCUAUUUGAAGAUAUCCGGCGCUUGAUGAAAGAAAAGGCUCCGGUUUCUGAAAUGUUGCAAUACAUCAUUGAUGCAAUCGAGUACGAAAAGUACUUGACGUCGCAACACCCUGAUAAAGAUGGCGAAUCGCGAUGGGGCAACGUUGGUGAAUUGAUCACGUUUGCAAAGUCGGCUUUUGAUCCACCCAAAGUGACCGUGUCUGAAGAUGGUGAAGAGAUUCAAGAAGGGGGUAUGUUGGAUGAAGAUCGUGGACAUGCUCUUGAAGACCGAUUGAGCUCUGGCUUCUUGGUAAAUCAAGAUCGUGUGUCUGCAUUCCUGGAAGCAACGACAUUGGCUGGCAACUCACAAGAACAUGAUAAAGCAGACCAUGGUAAAGUGACCAUUACUACCAUGCACAGCGCCAAAGGUCUCGAAUGGCCGUGCGUCUUUGUGAUGGGUUGCGAAGGUGGUAUCAUUCCACAUCCCAAAGCAGAUGAAAUGGAGGAAUGCCGACUUUUAUAUGUUGCAAUGACCCGUGCUAAGGCAUUUCUCUACUGUACACAUGCUCUCGAACGAUCCAGCUGGGGCAACAUGAACAAAACCAAUAUCACCACCUUUUUGGAGAAGUUGCCCGAGGAUGUCUAUGUACACAAGACACCGGAUUGGAAUAAGGAAUCACGUUCAUGGGUUUCCAAGGUGCUGCGACUAGAAGCCCCCGUUGAAGAUGGUUUAAAGGAUAGUCCUGGUGCCGAGGUGUGGGCUGUCAAAAAGAACGAAAAGCUCGGAUGGGGUGGAGAGUAUUGCUCUGAUGAAGAUGAAUUUGAGUAUGGGGGUUCUGGAUCAUACAAUCGUUGGAAUGGAUAUGAGGGACGUGCAAGCUUCCCAUCGACUCGAAGGAAAAAACCAGUGUUCACUUCCUCUAUACCCACAAGUGCUAUCAGCUCUCAACCUUAUUCCACGUUCACAAGCGCAGGUUCUGUCAAGGAACAAGACCGUAAGCGAGGCAUGAGUACUCCCAGGACAACAAAGCGAAUCAAAUCUGAGAGCACCCUUUAA